UUUUUUUUGUAUAAGUUUCCAACAUUUAAACACAUAAAUCGCGUCCUCCCGACAUGGAUGGAAGCUACUUUUGCGCGGUGUGAAGUGUUGGUUUGUUCCGAGUCUCCAUUUCUAUCAGGCAGAAAAGGGGGCGGGGAUGGGAUAUUCAGAUGAGCCAGAGUGACAGCUCCAGUUUCCCCCAAUGCUCUGUGUGUCUGAAACUCCACUGGCUCCUUCCCUGCGAACUCCUCACUUCAUAGUGCCGCGCAUUAAAAACAUCGGACGCUAGGGGAUCAAGACGCAUGCCACAUUACCUCUAUGUGGGCACUUUAACAGAUCUUUUGGGGUGUUUUCCCAGUAAGGGGGCUGUGGAGGGAGGCUUUUUUUUAUUUUCUCUGUUUGAUGACUGUUUGCACGGCUGAUUAUUGAGCCGAUUGUUUAUUAUUUCGGCCGUUGUUGCUCGCCGCCUCGUGCGCUUUUUUCCACCCUUUUUUUUUGUUUGUUUUUUUGGAAUCAGCGACCUGUCGCUCACCAAUGUCCUAUCCUCAGGGUUACCUCUACCAGCCCCCGGGCUCUCUGGCUCUUUAUUCGUGUCCGGCUUAUGGGGCCUCUGCUCUGGCUGCUCCGCGCAAUGAGGACUUGGCGCGGUCUUCCUCUGGCUCAGCAUUCAGCCCUUACCCUGGAUCGGCUGCUUUCUCCGCCUCGGCUGGCGCAGGCUUUUCGAGUCCGCUGUCGUAUUCUACUGAUCCAACGACGGGAUUCCCAUCUUACAUGUCUUCUCCAUAUGACGCGCACACUGCUGGGAUGGCCGGCGCUUUAAGUUACCAUCCAUAUGGGAGUCCGGGGUACCCCUAUCAGCUCAACGACCCCGCUUACCGCAAGAACGCGACGAGAGACGCCACGGCCACGUUGAAGGCCUGGCUGCAGGAGCACAGGAAGAACCCCUACCCCACGAAGGGGGAGAAGAUCAUGCUGGCCAUUAUCACGAAGAUGACCUUGACGCAGGUCUCCACCUGGUUCGCCAACGCCAGGAGGAGGCUCAAGAAGGAGAACAAGAUGACGUGGGCGCCCCGGAAUAAGAGCGAGGACGAGGAUGAGGAGGACGCGGACGGGGAGAGGAAGGACACGGAGCGCUCCGACAAGACGCUGGAUAACAGCGAGGCGUCGGCGGAGGACGAAGGCAUCAGUUUGCACGUGGACACGCUCACGGACCACUCGUGCUCGGCGGAGUCCGACGGGGAGAAGGUCAGCUGCGUGCGUAAAGUCAGCUCCGACCAGGCGGCCGACAAAUGUGACGACGGCGACGGUGAGGAGCAGAGCCACCGGCCCCCUCUGUCCCCCAAGCCCGUCACCUCGUCGCCCCUGACGGGCGUGGAAGCCCCGGUUCUCAGCCAUCUCCACUAUCACCACCACCACCACCUCCGGCACCUCCACCACCUCCACAGCCAGCGCGAGGAUUUGGCCCGGAGCCUCGUCAGUGGCAGUAAUAACAAACUGACUUCGUGUCUUGACAGCAGGCCCUCAUCCGGGCCCCCCCAGAACGCUGCAACCAAACCCAAAUUGUGGUCUUUGGUGGAGAUUGCUACCUCGGACCAAAAGGAGCAACAUCAGCAACCGGGACAGUCGGGGCAACCAAAUUGCCCCUCCUCCAGCGGGGGACUCAGUCCACCGUCCACCACCUCCCCUGCUGCUGCUGCCACCUCCCCCUCCCUCUACUCUGCCCCCUCCAUCCUUGGAAGACCUAUUUAUUACACGUCUCCCUUUUAUAGCAAUUACACAAACUAUGGCAACUUCAGCCCCCUGCAGGGUCAGGGCAUCCUGCGCUACACCAACUCCUCCGGAGUGAGCCUCGCCGCUGCCGCCGCCGCGGCCGCCGCAGCCGCCGCCGCAAACGAGAGCCUGAGCUCCUCUCAGCAGGCUGCGGAGGCCGGCGCGAACCCCAAGCACAGGCCAGACUCCCCCCUCGUCAAAAAUAACUCAAACCAGAUUGGGGUUGUCGAGCAACAACAUUUUAGACCCAUUAAUUUAGAAGCAAAGAAAGGUACGUAAUUACGCAACUGUGCGUAAAAAAACAGAAAAAAGAAAAAGAAAUAGACCUGAAACCAAAAGUAUAAGUUAUUAAAAAUGUUAUUUAAUAGUGUUUAUUCUUGGAACUGCGUCUUUGCUGAAAUGGCGGGAGUGAAAAUCACUUUUCUUCAAUGCAAAUCCGCUUGGAUCCCUGAAAUUUGGCCUUUUUUUCAAGCAAUCGUGCAUUUAAAAUGACAAACUUUAUCUUUAGAGUAAGCUUUUUUUAAGAUCUCAGCCUCUUCUUGACAAAUACAAAUUUUCAAGUGCAGUGAUGUAUUCUUCAAUAAGAAACCUUGGAGUUAUUUAAACAAAAUGGUUGCACAUGUAUAGAUUACUGGAAAGAACUGGAGCUGACUAACGCGAGCGCAAGGUGACAAGUUGAGAAUACAGUACGCAGAGAAAUGUUGCCAUAGCUUUGAGCAGGAUUCCGCUCUUUCAUGUCCUCCUUUUGUGUUAAGUGCGUGCGUAAGCGAGCGCGCACAGUGGGCACCAGACCUUAUCUCCCAGCUUAGGAUAAUUAUAAUUACACAGGGUCAGCCAAAAAGCAAACAAAUUAGUUUGCCGUGCGCAAUCGUGCAACUUCCCAUCUUGAAAUGUCACCUAGGUGGUUGCGGUGCGCGUUAAAAGCUCUCCCUGCGCGCGCGCCGCACGCUGGCUGGAUGGCCUGGAGACGUUUUCAGCUGCAGUAAAGCAGUGGGGAUUUUUAAUGAGCACUUCCAGUUUAGUUAGUUGGAGCCGGUCUGACAACCUUUUGUGGUUUUGUGGGGUUGGGGAUCAUCUUGGUGCGUAUGGAUUUUUUUUUUCUUCCACGCUCUGCAGGUAGGUGUCACAAUUGCUUUGACUACAAAACGAGGAAGGACACAACCUUUUAGCCUCACGUUUUGACCCUUCGAACCUUUUUACUUCAAACCGCAUCCAGUGCCACCAUAUUGCCGGGAAUAAAGCUGCUACACCACCUCCCUCAACGUCACCGAGACGUCAGUGUAACCCAGGUUACUAGACCUUAUUGAAAAUAAAUGAUUCUUUUUUCAUCCUGUAGAGGGCGCUUAUGUUAUUUCUCAGGUUGUUUGCUUAUUUGCCACGGUGUAAUAUUUCGCAAAACAUCUUGGUGUGGAAGAAAACAUCUGGCCUCUUUUCAAAAAACAAACAAACAAACAAAAAAAGACUUUUUUCUGGGACACUGAGUGGAGCAAGCUGAAGUGGAGUGAGGACUUGGAAGUGGAAUAGCCUACAUUUGAUAUUUAUUUUUUUAAACGAUGGCGGAAGGAUGCCUAUAAUUUAUGCAAGUUGUAUUGCAAGAAAAAACAAGGAAAAAAAAGGAAAACUGACAUUUUCUGUUUGUUUUGUAAAUAUCCAACAUAUAUAUUACAGACAGUUUUUAUUUGCAUUUGGAAAAAAGCUACACAAUCUUGUUAUCAGGAGUACUUUUACUAAUUUAUAUCUUUGAAUGUACAUAAAAGGAAACGCGCUGGUAUUGAUAUACUGGUGGAGUAUUAUAUCCAUUAUUCAAAUGAGAAAAUAUUAAACUGUUUUACCAACUA